CAGCAGGAGCAGAGAGCAGCCAUUGCUGUGUCUGGCAGCAGGAGGGGAGUAUAUAGAGGAACACAGGGGUCUGUACAAGGACGUGAUGAUGGAGAAUCACCGGCCCCUCACAUCACUGGAUGGGUCCAGUAACAGAGAUACCCCAGAGAGAUGUCCCCGUCCUCUGUGUUCCCAGGAUUGUACAGAGGAGAAUCACAGGAUCCCACAGGAGGAUCAGGAAGAACGUCUGUCUGAUAUUAAAACAGAAGAUAAAGAGGGAGAAGAAGAGAAGUAUGUGACUGAUAUAAAGGCAGAAGAUACAGAGGGAGAUGAAGAGAUGUAUGUGACUGAUAUAAAGGCAGAAGAUGUGACUGAUAUAAAGGCAGAAGAUAUAGAGGGAGAAGAAGAGACGUAUGUGACUGAUAUGAAGGCAGAAGAUAUAGAGGGAGAAGAAGAGACGUAUGUGACUGAUAGAGAGACAGAAGAUAUAGAGGGAGAAGAAGAGACGUAUGUGACUGAUAUAAAGGUAGAAGAUACAGAGGGAGAAGAAGAGACGUAUGUGACUGAUAUAAAGACAGAAGAUAUAGAGGGAGAAGAAGAGACGUAUGUGACUGAUAUAAAGGCAGAAGAUAUAGAGGGAGAAGAAGAGACGUAUGUGACUUGUAUAAAGGCAGAAGAUACAGAGGGAGAAGAAGAGACGUAUGUGACUGAUAGAGAGACAGAAGAUAUAGAGGGAGAAGAAGAGACGUAUGUGACUGAUAUGAAGGCAGAAGAUAUAGAGGGAGAAGAAGAGACGUAUGUGACUGAUAUAAAAGCAGAAGAUAUAGAGGGAGAAGAAGAGACGUAUGUGACUGAUAUAAAGGCAGAAGAUAUAGAGGGAGAAGAAGAGACGUAUGUGACUGAUAUAAAGGCAGAAGAUACAGAGGGAGAAGAAGAGACGUAUGUGACUGAUAUAAAGGCAGAAGAUACAGAGGGAGAAGAAGAGACUUAUGUGACUGAUAUAAAGGCAGAAGAUAUAGAGGGAGAAGAAGAGACGUAUGUGACUGAUAUGAAGGCAGAAGAUAUAGAGGGAGAAGAAGAGACGUAUGUGACUGAUAUAAAGGCAGAAGAUAUAGAGGGAGAAGAAGAGACGUAUGUGACUGAUAUAAAGGCAGAAGAUAUAGAGGGAGAAGAAGAGACGUAUAUGACUGAUAUGAAGGCAGAAGAUAUAGAGGGAGAAGAAGAGACGAAUGUGACAGAUAUAAAGGCAGAAGAUAUAGAGGGAGAAGAAGAGACGUAUGUGAGGGGUGAUCAGCAGUGUAAGGAGGAGGAGAUCCCUACAGAUAUCAGCACAGCAGAUGGACACACAAGCAGGAAUAUCUCAGAAGGACAUCUAAUGUUAUCCCCGGAUUGUGAUAUAAAAGAUGACAGUAGACAGAAUUCUCCAGGAGAUAACCCCAUUACCCCAAUGAUACAUCCAGCUAUAUCAGCUGGUCCCUCUGAUCCUGGGAAAUGUUCUCCUGAUCACUCUGAUAUUGGUGCAUCUGUUACAGCUCUGAGAGUAGAUACAGUGUUUCCCUGUUCUAUAGAUGCCAAAUGUUUUACACAGAACACAAACCUUAUUACUCAUCAGCCAGCUAAGGCAGGUGACAGGCCAUUUCCAUGUUCUGAGUGUGGGAAAUGUUUUACAUAUAAAUCAAAUCUUGUUACACAUCAGAAAAGUCACACAGGUGAGAAGCCAUUUCCAUGUUCUGUGUGUGGGAAAUGUUUUACACACAAAUCAGCUCUUGUUGUACAUAAGAGAAUUCACACAGGUGAGAAGCCAUAUUCCUGUUCUGAGUGUGGGAAAUGUUUCUCACAUAAAUCAGCUCUUGUUACACAUCAGAGAAGUCACACAGGUGAGAAGCCAUAUUCCUGUUCAGAGUGUGGGAAAUGUUUCUCACAGACUUCAGCUCUUGUUACACAUCAGAGAAGUCACACAGGUGAGAAGCCAUAUUCCUGCUCUGAGUGUGGGAAAUGUUUUGCACAGAGAUCACAUUUUGUUACUCAUCAGCAUGCUCACACAGGUGAGAGGCCAUUUUCCUGUUCUGAGUGUGGGAAAUGUUUCGCACAUAAAUCAGCUCUUGUUACACAUCAGAGAAGUCACACAGGUGAGAAGCCAUAUUCCUGUUCUGAGUGUGGGAAAUGUUUCUCACAGACAUCAGCUCUUGUUACACAUCAGAGAAGUCACACAGGUGAGAAGCCAUUUUCCUGCUCUGAGUGUGGGAAAUGUUUUGCACAGAGAUCAUAUUUUGUUACUCAUCAGCAUGCUCACACAGGUGAGAGGCCAUUUUCCUGUUCUGAGUGUGGGAAAUGUUUCGCAUAUAAAUCAGCUCUUGUUACACAUCAGAGAAGUCACACAGGUGAGAAGCCAUUUCCAUGUUCUGAGUGUGGGAAAUGUUUUUCAUCGAAAUCACAUCUUGUUACACAUCAGAGAAGUCACACACGUGAGAAGCCGUAUUCCUGUUCUGUGUGUGGGAAAUGUUUCUCACAGACAUCAGCUCUUGUUACACAUCAGAGAAGUCACACAGGUGAGAAGCCAUUUUCCUGUUCUGAGUGUGGGAAAUGUUUUGCAUAUAAAUCACAUCUUGUUACACAUCAGAGGAGUCACACAGGUGAGAAGCCAUUUUCAUGCCAUGAGAGAAAUAAAUCCGCUCUUGUUGAACAUAUUAGACAAUACCCAAGUACGGAACUAUUUAAAUCUUCUGUAGUAUAAUUAUCACUAUCAUGCAAUGUUCCUCAAGGGUCAAUCCUAUCUCCUAUGCUUUAUAAAAUAUACAUGCUACCACUGGGUUAUAUAAUCAGACAUCAUGGCCUGGUCUACCACUGCUAUGCUGAUUACCUGCUUUUUGCUCCAUGUACUGAGAACCUAAUACCAAUCCUAAAUGGUUGUCUAGCUGAGCUCCAGAGGUGGAUGAUGCCAGUUGGCUGUGAUUCAGUCUUUGUGAAACAUAAUAGAAGCUCCCCAACAAAGGACAAGACUACGGCUUUACCAACCAUCUGGAUUUAUGCUUUGGUGUUCAGAAUUGCAAAACACUGAAUCUUUGUGUUGUCCUGGUAUGUGGCUGACACAGACAUCAGGUAUCUGCCACAUACAAAUCCUCAUUCUUCCAUCUGUGGACCAUAGCCAGAAUCAAGCACUUGAUUCCCUCAGAAGUUCAUAGACUACUGCAAUGCCAUCUACCUGGGUCACCCAGCAAAAGAAUUACAGAGCUUGCAGCUAGUACAUAAUGCAGCAGCCAAGCUGUUACCUAACCAGCUCAUUCCUGCCACAUAACACCCAUUCUCUACUCCCUUCACCGGCUGCCUGUAAGAUGACAAAUCUAUUUCAUAAUUGGCUAACUGACCUUCCCAGCCCAACAUUACAUGGUCCAAGGUACUAGAAACAGCUUCUGCCUCCUUACUGCCCUGCUUGCUUGCUUCUACAGAUGGACUGUUACCAGCAGUACCAAGAAUCUCCUGUCAUUCAUUUAAGGGUUGAAUGUUUAGUUUUGCAGCCCUGACCAUGGAACUCACUGCCUUGCACAGUCCAAGAGGCCUCCACUCUAGAGACCUUCACAAGCAGACUGAUGACUGUUACUCAUGCUUUUCAUUAAUGUAUCUCUAUUUACUUCCUAAAUAAUACAUCCCAAAUGCUUAGGUCUUUUUUCUGCUGUUUAUUUUGUAUCUUGUGCUUUGUGUAAAUGUGAAUGUCUAAUACCAGUUUGCACAAUCUGUAUUGCUGCACGACAGUAUGGCGGCCAUUGGAACGUGUUUUCACUUCUUCUAGUUUGCCUAACUUGUUGCUGACACUCAUCUUGAUAAGGAGUGCCGAGUGUUUUCAGAUACAAGAUCCUAUCCAUAUAUACCCUGUACAUUAUCAUGUGCAUUAGAGUCACCCGGGUUCCAUCUGCGGUGGUUUGUUGUAUGUUACAUCUAUAUGGUGCGGAUACUCCCCUGUAUGAUUUCAUAAUAAAAGCUUUUGUUUGCAUCUAA